CCAUGAAAAAGGAAUAAAAAGGAAAAAGGAAAGGAAAAUAAAAAGGAUAAAAAGGGGAAAAUACUUUGUAAUAAGACAAAUAUUAGAAAAGAAUUUUAUAUUUAAAAAAGGAAAAUGGGAAAAUGAUGAGAUAUAGGCAUUGUCUUUACUAGGAAGGGUUCGAGGGUUUGAAAUUUAGAGCGAACAGCAUAGCUAAAAAAAGGCGGCUUGUGACUCUGAAAGGAAAUCCAGCAAUUUGACACAUAUUAGAAGGUGGGAGAAUAAAAGCCUUAAAUUCCAAUUAUAGCUCAUUCACAAGCCACCAACCUGCUUUCCCAUGGAACAAUCUCGGGGAGACAUUGAACCAGAGUUCAAUCUAAGGGAAUGGGCUCGCAAGGCUCGAAUCAGUAGGGAAAAUACCACUUCAAGAAGGUUCUCAGCAUCAAACAUCAGAAGAGAAGACACAAGGUCUUUUAGAUCAAACAUCACCAUCUCUAGCACUGCUUCUUCUCCUGGAUACACCUUAAGAGAUGAGAUCGACCCUGCAACAUACUCAUUCACCAGUGCUCUCAAAGCGUUGCAGGCAAGGUCGGGCUACGGUUGGGAGUGCUCAUCACCAGAUGGGUUUGCUUUAAAUUCCAAGUGGAAUGAAGCAGAGAAAUAUAUCUGCAACCCACUCUCAGGGGAGGUUCCAAUGGAGUGUCUGUCUGCAAAAACACUCAGUGGGCGAUCCUUUCGGAACUUCACAAACAGAAUUACAAUGUCUGCGCCUCUUAUUUACCCUUCCCAGCCGCGACAACCCCAAACAAAUCAUUUUGCAGCUGCUCCUACAACACAGGAAAACUUUGUCCAAUUUCCUAUUCAAGAGAAGAAAAUGGAGGGCAUGACCAGAGAUGUGGGAACCCAAAGCACACCACCUGAUCGUAGUUCAAGUAGUCCUAGCCCCACUUCCACCCCUUCCAUCAUAGAAAGAUCAUUACAGCGAUGUCGAGCAGAAGGCGGAGAAUCACCCAACUCUAAUGCCAAAUUGAAAUCUGAGGAAGAGGUAGAGGUGAAAGAUACAAGAGAGAAAGAAGAAACAAAAAGAAAAGAGGAAGAACAGAUAAAGAAAGAGAAGCAAAUGUGCAGGUGCAGGCAAGGUGGGUGCUUGUCAUGGAGGAGUCUGUGGAUGAGGAAAAGGCACAGAGAGAAACACAAACCGAGAAAGAAGAAUAUAUUUCUUCAACAUAUUAAAGGGUGUUAAAAGAAAAAAAGGAAAGGAAAAAGGAAAUUGAGAUUGUAGGUUGGGGGAGAUUCCUCUAUCUUUUUCCCUGUUUCUGUGUGUGUGGGGGGGCAGAGAUAUGGCAGGGGACAGUGAUGUAGUGGUAGGGAAAUUUAGAGCAAUCAUGAAUGGACAGAGGUGAGUGAGGGGAGAGAGUCAUCUUCUUUGUUUGUUUUUUGUUACUGUUGCUUCGAUGUUAUGUUUUUGUUGUUCUAUUUUGGCUUGACAGCUUUCAGUUCACGUGCAUAUGCUUUGUUA